CAGGAAGCAUGAUUUAAAGAGUGUUUACCUUAUUGUACAUCCAUCGUGUUGACAUCCCAUGGGUGACUACAAGACAGAAACGGGUGCACAGCUUUUUGCCAGGCUAGAAGCACGUCGCUGUCUGAUCGAUAUCGAGCCACAUCUGUUCCCCAAGAACUGCGGACCUCAGUAUGGGGAGGUGGUUGAAUUACAUGGCUUGGAAGGGACAGGUAAGACAGAGCUGCUGUACCACCUGCUGUGUCGCUGCAUCCUGCCUGUGGAGGCUGGAGGUAUGGGUGUGGAGGUGGUGUUUGUGGACACUGACUACAGCCUGGACAUGUUGCGCCUGGUCACCAUACUGGAGAACAGACUGGCUGCUGGUCGCUCUUCCAGCAGCCCAGAGGCUGAGUCCGACGUGGGGUGUUCGGACGAGGCCGCCCUGCGCACCUGUCUCUCCCGCCUCCUCGUGGUCCACUGUGGCUCUUCCUCCCAGCUGCUCCUCACCCUCCACUACCUGGAGACCUCCCUUUCCUCCCGGCCCGGCCUAUCGCUGUUGCUCAUCGACAGUAUCUCGGCUUUCUAUUGGCUGGAUCGCUGCGGGGGCGGGGAAAGUGCGGCCAGACAGGAGGACAAGCUCACCAAGUGUUCAAAGUUGCUUUCUAGACUACUAAGAGAUUACAGAAUCACAGUUUUCGCCACCUCGCACGCCAUCAGAAGGAACUACAGAAACAUUGCUACUUCUUCGUCAUCCUCUUCCUCCUCCCCCUCAUGUUCUGAGUAUGAGCAGCCAUACCUCUGUCGCCCAUGGCAACGCUUGGUAACCCACAGGCUGUUGUGUUCCAGGGGUACGCCUGGAACCAACAUGGCCACUGCGUGCACUGAGGAGCAGAGCCGAAGACAGGCGUUCAACGUUCGCUGCGUCUCCUUUUCCUCCUCCUCCUCCUCCUCCUCCAAAGUGACCAAGGCUCACAAGAGCAGCUCAUUCUAUGUGACUGACGGAGGAGUAGUGUUUGUUUAAAAUUCCAGAGUCUACCUUGUUGUUUUGUUCCUGAACAUAACAGCCUUGUUUUUUGUGAGUUUGUACACAUAUUCACUAUGUAUAUGUGGUGUUAUCUAUAAAAAGCAUUCUGAAGUUAAUGCGUUUUAUGUAUGUUGUAUCCGACGUUGAAACUGCUACACUGGAACUUUUCACUCUCAGAGAAAAUUGCGUUUACACCUUAUCUCCACCAGGGGGAACCACCUGAAUCCCAUCCGCACACAUCACAAGUCUGGCUGGCUGGGAGCUGAGGCCUUUGAAUCAUGGGUUGAUAUUAAUAAUUGUGGAAUUAAGGAUUAUUAUUGUAAUUAAUAAUAGGAGUCCUUUUCCAUUUUAGGGUACACCUGUAGCUCCGUUCAGUAGUUUGGUUUUGACAACUAAAGGAAAUCACUCAACAGAUAUCUGACAACAAGGCAUUCUAAUGUUUUGAUGUGAUAUCUUCUCUUGGAUAGUCCCGUUUUUCGGACUGGGUUUGUUAAUAUGGCAUUGGUUUUACAAUCCAUUUAUUUAUACUAGCUUGUAUAGGCAAAACUGUACUAUGUUCCGAAAUAAAGUAUGUCUCACAAUUUAGCUCUGAAUUAAUUUGUAGAAAGGAUGUGCCCAGAAAUGUUGUUUGAAGAUUUAACAAGCACAUUUCUAGUCCAUCAUACUCGUUACAAAAUAAAUAUUUUCGUAGAGAUACACAUUCCUUCUUCUCAUGUAUGUGUCUCUACCUCUAAUUCUUACGCGACGGUAGCCUCUGUAUGUUUCUUCUGUUUCUUUGGCUGGACAUAUCAUUUCCUCUGUACUGGACCUCAACUUCCUCUUUCCCUCUCGCUGAAUCUAUUUUAUCAAAAAUGAUAAUCUAACAAUUCUUAAAUGAUGAUAUAGUUGUUAUAAUACGUCAAUGGAAUAUAACCACGGUUCUCUGUAUUUGGAGGUUGUAGGCACAAUUUAUUUUAGACUUAAUUCCAUAAAGCAUGAUUGAGACUGGUUGAAAUUGAAAUAAUUUUGCAUCACCCAUUGGCACUGUUUGUAACCCCGUUUCACUGAUACCAAAACCAUUAUUUUUGUUUGAAGGAAAAAUUAUAAUAAAGAGCAGCUGAUAUAAGGUCUUUACCCGGUUACGACAGCAGUAUGCCAUUCGUUUUCAAACAGGUUAUAGCAAUAGGCCUAUCGUACACCACUAGCUGCUCAGGGUAAUGUCAGAAACAUCAAUCCAGAUCACAAUUGCAAUCCUUUUGAAUUCCAAA